AUGAAUUUUGUAAAAUAUAUAAAUAAUGUUUUACAACUAUUCACGCACAGAUCCCCAAAACUCGAAAGCAAUAUCGACCGACGUCUUUUAAGUGAUUUCUGUGAUGAAGAUCCAUUAUCAAUGGAUUCAUCGAUUGACAAUUACACAGGCGAUUGGGAUUCAUUAAAAAAAUUUAUGAUUAGAGUAUCUCAACCUUGUCAUGAAAUGAUCGUAUCAUGUCUAUGGGCCAACAACCCUAAAGUUUGUUCAGAAAUAUUCAACCCAUCAUUAACAGACGAAGGUAUAUGUUGUUCAUUCAAUAGAGUAAAACCAGAUUACAUAUUUCGGAACCCAAAAGAUUUAUCAGAUUUAAAUGUUACCUUUCCAAAUCCGUCUGCAAAUUGGACUCCUGAAAAUGGAUACCCGCCGAAUACGCCUGCUGAAUAUACACCCUGGAGGCCCUGGGGCGCCGGUAAUCAUUUAGGAUUAACUCUUGUUUUGGAUGCUGAAAUAGAGGAAUAUUAUUGUUCAUCAGAAGUCAGCUAUGGAUUCAAGGUAAUAUUAUAA